CGAUUCUCGAUCGCUGCUGCGAUAAUGAACUUUCUUGCAGCCUGUUUGGCAACGCUUCUCGUCCACGCGGAACAUCUCAAGACAAUCAGACCAUCUUUUCUACUGUCCUGCUAUUUAUUACUAACCGUAAUUUUCGACAUAGCACGCGUUCGCACAGAAUGGAUGCUGGCGGAUCAGACAUCCUAUGCGACGCUGCUGUCGGAAUCGAUAGUUGUUAAGAUCUUUCUCCUUGGUCUAGAAACCGUGGAGAAGCGAAAUGUUCUGUUGAACCAAAAGGUGGUACACUCAAUAGAAGCCACCAGUGGCCCAUUCAGCAAAGGUCUCUUCAUAUGGAUCAACUCUCUGCUGGCAGUCGGGUGGAGGACGGUCUUGACCCUCAACGGCCUCCCAGCUAUCUACGAAGAACUCUCUUCUGAGGACCUAAUGGAUAGGUUUAGCAGAAAGUGGGAUAAAGACUCUCGAAAAAAGAAUGCAUCGUUGGUCUGGACAACUUGCAAAGUUCUAAGACGGAAUUUUCUAAUAAUUGCUUUUCCAAGAGCAAUUUCAAUCGCCCUGACGUUAUCGCAGCCUUUCUUGAUCAAUGGCGCGUUGAAGUUGCUGUCCUCUUCAUCUCUUCCAGCAGAACAUGGUUAUGGCCUUGUUGGCGCUUUCGCACUCGUUUACUUUGGAUCGGCAAUUUCUACUGCAUGUUACGAACACCUUUCUUACAGAGCGUCAAGCAUGAUGCGAGGAGGUUUCAUUAUGCUCAUAUAUCGCAAAGUACUGCGGCUCUCCUGCACUGAUGUUGUAGACUCAGCUGCCGUUACACUAAUGGGCAACGAUGUCGAGACACUCGUAGAACGAGUGAAUUGUCUCUUUAUUGAGUGCUGGGCAAAUGGAAUUACUGUCAUAUUUGCCAUCUAUCUUCUAGCACAACAGCUUGGGGCCGUCUGUGCCGUCCCCAUUGUAACAGCUAUAAUAUCCUUGGCUGGUACAGGGAGUCUUGGAAAAGCUGGAAUUAAGAGACAACUCGAUUAUCAAAAGGCCACCGAAGACAGAAUAAACUUCACUGCCGAGGUUGUUGGCUCGUGCAAAUCCGUAAAGAUGCUCGGAUACACGGAUAAGUUCACUGAAUUUAUCAGACGGAAACGUACUCAAGAUAUUGAUGAAGGCAAGGCAUUCAGAUGGAUUACAGUGUGGUCUAAUGGAAUAAGUAAUGCCAACGUUUCAUUGACACAGGUUGCUACAUUUGGUGCAUUUGCAGUUGCAACCAAAAGUAGCGGAUCUGGUCAAUUCACGUAUACACAAGCAAUCACAACACUGUCUAUCCUGACGGUACUCACAGGACCGCUCACUCAACUCAUGAGCGACAUUCGACUGGCAUUCAACUCGAUUGCGUGCUUUAAACGUAUACAAGCAUUCCUACUUCUACCUGAUAGAGCCGACGCUCGUACAAUUGAAUCCACAAGAAACAGUCUCUCUGUUACUUACGAAGACGAGCUGGCACCAGAUAACAUGGCUCUCAGAACGUUAGGGAGCCCCUUUGGACGAAGCCCUGCAGACAUCUCUAUCGUUGACGGCACAUUCAAUUGGAAAGGAUCUGAAGGCGAGGUUCUUACCGAUAUUAAUAUUGCAACACCAAAUACAGGAGAGGGUUCCCUUACCAUGAUUAUUGGCCCUGUGGGUUCUGGUAAAUCCACUCUGGUCAGAGCCAUGCUAGGAGAAACAGACGGCAGCGCAGGACUCGUUUGUCUGUCUGCCUCUGAAAUUGCAUUUUGUGAUCAAACGCCGUGGAUUCUGAAUACGAGCAUACGUAACAACAUUGUUGCUGAGUCUCAGGGAUUUGACGAGAAGUGGUAUGCCAGUGUAGUUGGUGCGUGUGAGCUCGAAUUCGACCUGAAGCAGCUAGAGGAUGGUGAUGCAACAAUUGUUGGAGAUCAAGGUCUGAAGCUGAGCGGCGGUCAACGAUCGAGGAUUGCUAUUGCACGCGCCGUUUAUUCGCGAAAGCCAAUUGCCAUCUUUGAUGACCCAUUUAGCGGACUUGAUCGAGCAACAGAAAAGGCCGUGUUUAUGCAGGUGUUUGGCGAACAAGGUCUUCUUAAACAAAACUCGACGGCCGUUGUGUUAGCAACUCAUGCAGUGCACCGAAUGCUCUUUGCCGAUCACAUUAUUGUCCUUAGCCAGGCUGGUUAUGUCAUUGAGCAAGGCACAUUCAAUGCCCUCCGCAGGCAUGGGAACUAUGUCAAGGAGCUGAAUAUUGCCGAACCUCUUAGAGACAAUGAUGCAGAAACUAUAACUGAUCUACGCAGCUCGAUUGUUGAGGAUCAUUCUUUAGCCCACGCCAAUGAGAAGACUGAUUAUGAGGACCGGCCAGUUGUUAGCGACAGAAGUGCUUUCAAAUACUACUUUGCGUCCUUGGGAACGGUCAAUGCUAUUUCACUGACCAUAUGUGUCUCGGCACCAGCGUUCUUCAGCAGUUUUAGAUCCGUCUGGCUUACCUGGUGGGGUAAUGGAAAAGGCCAUGAUGCAUCCGACCUGGGCUACUGGAUGAGUAUCUUUACGCUGCUAGCCACGCUCGACACCUCCUUCGUAAUAUCUGCCAUUACAAUCGCACUAAUCAAGGUUGCUCCGCAUAGCGGACAAGAGCUCCAUGAAAAGAUCCUUAACGCCGUCAUGAAUGCUCCCAUGAGUGUCCUAGCAAACUGCCCCAGUGGCUCUUUGUUGAACCGAUUUAGCCAAGAUAUGCGGUUCAUUGACUUUGUUCUCCCCAUAUCUCUGGUUGUUCUCAUGUUCGAGAUAUGCAGCAGCAUAGGCAGUCUUGGUCUUGCCAUUGCAGCUGUCAACUGGAUUGCAAUCACGGUGCCAGGCAUCCUCGUGGUAUUGAUUCUCAUUCAGAGAUUUUACGUGCGAACUUCAAAGCAGCUUCGCUUACUUGAAAUCGAGAGCAAGGCACCCCUUUACGGCCACUUUGCGGAAACUAUCAGUGGUUUAUCCACUAUCCGAGCUUAUAAUUGGCUUAACGAGUACAUGGAUAAGACAAUCCAGUAUCUGGAUGCUUCCCAGAAACCAUUCUACUUGCUGAAUGCAAUUCAAAGAUGGCUCACGCUGGCAUUGGACUUGACGAUUGCAAUGCUGGUCACUAUUCUAGUCGCCCUUGCCGUGUCAUUGCGUGGAAGGAUUGAUCCCCCUUUGCUAGGCGUUGCCCUUGUCCAUAUGAUGACACUUGGAAUGAAUCUUAAGGAACUAAUUAUUCAGUGGUCGACGCUUGAAACAUCGCUGGGCGCUGUUUCUCGAAUCAAGAGCUUUGUUGACCGAACGCCAUCUGAAAACCUUCCCACGGAGAUCCGUGUUCCUCCACCUGACUGGCUCUUGCGCGGGACGCUUGAGCUGCGCAAUGUUGCUGUUCGAUACAACAACUUUUCUCUCCCAGUCCUUCGGAAUAUAUCUUUCUCUGUAAACCACGGCGAAAAGAUUGGCAUCUGCGGCCGCAGCGGCAGCGGCAAGACGUCUCUCAUCCAAGCUCUCUUGCGUAUGGCAGAUAUAUCCGAAGGUUCCAUUUAUCUUGGAGGAGAGAAUAUUUCUGAAGUUCCCAGAAAUAUGCUGAGAGCAAGACUAAGCUGCUUGACGCAGGAGCCUUUUCUAUUCAGCAAUACGGUCCGGUUCAACGCGGAUCCGCUAGGCGAGCAUGGCGACCAAGAGAUUAUGAAUUCGCUGAAACGUGUUGGGCUGUGGUACAUUUUCGUCGAAAAGGCCACCAACGGAAGUGACCCUCUGGAUGUAAUGAUGACUGAGAGUAUGCUGUCACAUGGCCAGAGACAGCUAUUCUGUUUAGGACGCGCGCUGCUCAAGAAGACGGCGAUGCUGAUCUUGGACGAGCCCACCAGCAGUGUCGAUCGCCAAACAGAUGCCAUGAUUCAGCAAGUAAUCCGCUCACAGUUCAAGGACCGCACCAUCAUCAUGAUUGCUCACAGGCUCGAUACGCUGCUCGACUUUGACAAGAUUGCCAUGCUGGACCAGGGCUCUCUAGUCGAAUUUGAUUCGCCUCGAAAUCUAUUGAAGAAGCCAAAUGGCUACUUUUUCGCUCUGUACAGGGCGGAGAAAAAGAGGGAUACAAUGGGAGAUUUUAUCACGAAGCUCUUCAAGGAGCAGAAUAUGUAAAAGGAAACACUUGGGGUUAUACAGGCGGCGUCUAUUCACACGUUUUUAUUUUCUGCGCAUGGGUAGUAUUCUUUGAUUAGUUCAUAAUAUUGGAAAUUAUUUAAUGAUUCAUGCUAUUAAAUGUAUAAAGCCAGCUCGUGAUAAGCAGUAACGCCAAUGAUGCAAUGCAAAGAUGUCUUUUUACAGUGGACUGUUGUACAGUACAAGUACAAAGAGGAUAUGGGUUCUAGCGUAGCAUAUACGAAAAGUCGGGUAUUGCUGCUAGUAUAUUCGUCAACUCGCGGUCUUCAAGUAACGCGGGUGUAGUGUGGGAUGUUGGAGAUUGGGGCUUAAUUGAGGUGUGUAUGUUGGUUGUGGUUGUUGAUGCGGCGAUUAUAUCGCUAGACCAAGGUGAUGAGUCUGUUACUUCAACUGUUGUAGUUAUUUUCUGUGUUGGUGCUGGCUUCUCCGCCGUCUUGAAUGGUUCUGGAUCGUCGAAACCCCAGCCUUGUUGCGGGAUUGGAGGGCUUGAGGUGAAGUCGUCGGCGAACGGGUCCGGUUUCAGAGACGAUUCGAAGGAUGUGAAUAAUGGAUCGGCAGGUUGUGUGGGCGAAGACAUCAUUUCACCCCAGUCAUCGUCAUCCUCAUCCUCAAGAUCGCCAACCGUCUCGGAUAUGUGUAGACCAGACGGCACAGCUGGAAUGGUUGAGGACAGUCGAUGCGCUGUGGCAGGUCUUGAAUCCUCGUCCCAUAUUGACGAUGGAGGCGAAACUGACGACGCAACAUCGCUAGCGAUGGGUGAUUCAGGAGCCAAGGUUGGAGGUAAGCUGACGGGGACAACAUCCGUGGGAGUCAUGGGUGCGUUUGUGGCCCAUGCAAAGGCUGAAGAGUCGUCGCUUGCUUCAAUCUUGACAACUGGCUUUGGUGCGAUAUCUAGGCGAGGCAAUGCGGGUUCUACCUCUGCCCUGUGUUGGCGAAGCAGUGUUCCGAUUUCCACAGCUGGUUCGGACGAGUCCCAGUUGAACAUGCUGGCGCCAAUUGCAGCCGCUUUCUUGCCCAGUACGACUCUACCCGCAAUAGAGUCUUCCUCCAUCCACCGACGGACGAUUUGAAUCGUCUUUUGCCGCGUCUCGGAUCCCUGCCAUGUAAUAUACUUGUAGUUGUCAUCAUUGCCCAGGUCGUGCUUUUGGACAGAGCCAAAUCGAGAGAUGCGAUACCACAGCUUGCGUUGGGACACUUGCGUGAAGCUAUCAUCAAUGAUCAUAUCGGGAAUGAUCUCUGCUGUUGUGUUUACAGCAGGGGUGGACGGAAACAGUGUCUCUAGGAGCGCCAAAUCCACAGGAUAUGCCACCUUUUGCGGCGGUUUGGCAGUGGUGGUAUGUUCCGCAUCAGAUGAAGCCGAGCCCUCUACAUCAGAUAGAAUAGUCGUGUUAUCAUCCGUUGCUUCGUCGCCUGAUUCCGACGCAGACGAGCAGGUUUCAUCCUUGGCGGUGUCCAGCUCGUCUUUCUUGAGCUGGGCAUCGACAGCGAUGGUGGUGUUCGUUUCCUGGGGCGCGCUAUUUGCGACGCUCGUAAACUCUUCAUGUAGCUUCGAUGUGCCCUCAGUGGCUAAAUAGUCUUCUACUGCUGAUAGCUUCGUUGCCGAACGUGCCUUUUUGGCCAUGCCGUUAUACAUAACCACCAAGUCCUGCACCUUGGAUGGCUUAGCCGGUGUGCUUGUUUCGGUCUUCGCGGUUUCGCUAUCGCUUGCUGGAUAUGGAUGUUCUAUCUUUGGUAUAGAAUCCUUUAUACUUGGAGAGACUUUGUCCAUCUCUUUGGUUGCCUGACUGCUGCUGGUAGAGCUUGUUGAUGCUGGUCCAUGGUCAAUUCGAUCAUCGCUGUCAAAAGGCAAGUCCACAUAUUUGUUAUUCGACACCUCAUUCCUGUCAAUUUCAGCGUUUACAUCAACAUGAGAUGUUUGCGACCAGGGAUCGAGAUCAGCUCCUGGUGCAGUCCAGGUAUCAUCAGCAUGUCUUUGCUGUGUUGUCCAGUCGCCCCAACCAUUGUCAUCGGUGCCCCACGGCGAGGUAGCGGGCUUAUUGCUUGUUUCCGUGGGAGAGAUUUUUAGCACUGAAGAAACUGAUGUAUGUGCCUCGUCUUGUAUUAUAUGUGCUUCGCUUGCUGGCGCAUCAGUCGCCCAUGGCGAGCUCCAGGGAUCGUCCAUGACGGUCGGAAUCCGUGGCGCAUGCUGGCACAGGCGCGCUGAUCUCUCCAAUUAUUGCCGUGACUAUUUUCGAACCGUGCUCAUAUCUCAAAGAUAAAGUCCGCGGCCGUUCCUAAAUCGGUUUGAAUCGAAAGGGAGGCUUCGUAGCGGGGUCUCGUGA